AUGUCCGGCGACAUCGUCAUGUCUUCCGACGAUGAGAAGCCUCUUGGCCUCAAGUCCGCCCCGCGCGCCCAGAACGGCCAGAACGGCCACGUCGCGUCCAACGGCAACGGACGAACAGUGGACGAGUCUUCCAUGAGCGAGGACGAUGAUAUGCCUCUUUCCCAGGCCUCCCGCGUCAAGUCCGAGCCCAUGACCCCAGUGCGCGCACUCAAGCGCAAGAAAGCUCAGUCUACUAACACCUCUAGUGAUGAGGAAGCCCCACUCGCGUCUACGCCAGCCAAGCGCGCUACUUCAGGCGCCGUCCGUAUGAACGGCGCGCUACAGGCAACUACCACGACGAAGCCCAACGGCAAGGCGACCAUGAAGGAGAGCACGUCUGGCGAGGACUCUGACGACGUGCCUAUCACCAAGGGUAAGCGCGCCACCAACGGGAACGGCGCGGCCAAGCCGCCCAAGAAGAAGGUGAAGCAGGAGGAGGACUCUGACUACGACAAGCCCAUCGGACGGAAGGCGCCACCGCGCAUGAAGCGGAAGAUGAAGAAAGAGGAGAGUGAUGCUGAUGAUGAAAGCCCCUCAGACGACGAUAAACCACUGAAGAAGGCACCUGCGAAGAAGGCCGCGACGAAGAGGGUGAAGAAGGAGGAAGCUGACUCCGAGCCACCAGCGCCGAAGAAGAGAGGAAAGGCAAAGGAAGAGGCAGCGAAUGGCAGUCCGCAGAAGGGCAAGAAGAAGAAGGAGGAGGAGGAAGCGGAGAUCUACCGCUGGUGGGAAGGGCAGGAGUUCCAUGGCGAGGAUGCUAGCGUGAAGUGGCACACUCUGGAACACAACGGCGUUUACUUCCCGCCACCGUACGAGCCCCUGCCAUCGCAUGUCAAGAUGAAAUACAAGGGCAAGCCAGUCGACCUCCCACCGGAGGCAGAAGAGGUCGCAGGCUUCUACGCAGCCCUCAUCGAGUCUGAUCAUACGAAGGAUGCCACUUUCAACAGAAACUUCUUCGACGACUUCAAAGGGAUUUUGAAGAAGCAUCCUCCACGUGAUGGAACCAAGAUCACUGAUCUCAGUCUCUGCGACUUCCGUCCUAUGUAUGAACACUUCGAGUCGGAGAAGGCGAAGAAGAAAGCGUUGUCACCUGCUGAGAAGAAGGAGUUGAAGGCAGCUAAGGACGCGCUGGAGGCCCCCUUCAUGCAUUGUACCAUAGACGGUAGGAAGGAGAAGGUCGGGAACUUCAGAGUGGAGCCCCCAGGCUUGUACCGUGGCCGUGGUGAGCAUCCCAAGAAGGGCACGUUGAAGAAACGCGUCCGACCCGAGGACGUCACGAUUAACAUCGUCGAGGGAGUGCCCAUCCCCAAGCCGAAUGUUCGAGGUAAAUGGAAGGAUGUCCAGCACGAUAAUACCGUGACCUGGCUGGCGACAUGGACGGAAAACGUGAACGGCAACCAUAAGUACGUCUUCUUGGCGCCCGGCAGCGCUCUCAAGGGCCAGAGCGACAUGGCCAAGUUUGAGAAGGCUAGGGAGUUGAAGAAUCACGUCGACCGGAUCCGCUUGGACUACAACACCGAGCUGCGGAGUAGAGUCAUGGCCGACCGUCAGCGUGCUACUGCGAUGUACUUCAUCGAUCGACUGGCCCUUCGUGCGGGAAACGAGAAGGGCGAGGAUGAGGCCGAUACAGUCGGCUGCUGUUCGCUCCGGUGCGAACAUGUUACGCUGCAACCCCCCGACCAACUCAUCUUCGACUUCUUGGGUAAAGACUCGAUUCGCUACUACAACCAAGUGACCGUCGAUAUCCAAGUCUUCAAGAACAUUAAGAUCUUCAAGGACAACAAGGACGAUGAGGAUCAGCUUUUCGAUCGUGUCGAUACCGCUAAGCUCAACAAACACCUGCAAUCGAACAUGAAGGGCCUCACGGCCAAAGUGUUCCGUACCUAUAACGCGUCCAUUACGUUCCAGGAGCAGUUGGAUCAGGGCACGCCAGAGAAUGGGACCGUACAGGAGAAGUUGAACGCGUACAACCACGCCAACCGCAUGGUUGCUAUUCUCUGUAACCAUCAACGUGCCGUGCCCAAGUCUCACGAACAGUCCAUGGGUAAAAUGCGGGACAAGUUGCGCGGUUUGAAGUAUGAGCGGAUGAAGCUUCGCCAUGCCCUCUUCAAUAUCGACCCCAAGUACAAGAAGAAAAAAUUGUACGCUGAGGACGAGUCUGACCUCGACGACGAUGUCAUCGCCGAGCACGAGGAGCGCCUGAAGGAGAGAGACUUGGAGAAGGUGGAGAAGAAGUUCGUCAAGGAUAACGAGAAGUUGGCCGAGGAGGGCAAGGAGCGCCUCGAAGACUCCGUGCUGAAGCAGCGACGCAAGGACGUCGAGGAGGAGUACAAGCGACUUGCGAAGGAGCGUGGAACGGGCAAAGCGACGUUGAAGAGGGACCGGUCGACGGAUAAGAUAGAGGAGGCUAUCGCUAAGUUGGACGACAGGAUCAAGACGUUCAAGCUGCAGAUGGAGGAUCGAGAGGCCGGCAAGGAGGUCGCACUGAGUACGAGUAAGAUCAACUACCUAGACCCGAGAAUCACAACUGCAUGGUGCAAGACGCACAACGUCCCCAUAGAGAAGCUGUUCUCGAAGACACUUUUGACGAAGUUCCCCUGGGCUAUGGAGGUCGAAGGACAGUGGAAGUUCUGA